AUGCCGAACAUCCACAACUGGAGCUUGAAUGGUUCUGGGGCUGGCCUGGACUGGGUCAGCCGGGGGAAGUUUGGAUCGGCCCAGGAGUCAUCCCCAGUUAAACCCAGCUGUUGGGGGCUCAGGCUGGAUGACCAAAGCAUGUUUGAGAAUUGGAAUGCGGCCCUCACUCCAAAGCUGCAGGCCAGCCGGUCCGUCCCCCAUGUGCCCAAGCCCGGCCCCGGCCCGGCUGCCCCCGGGUCCGGGGAGUCCGGCGGGCCAGGUGCCCGCGCCGCCGGAGGCAGCACUCAGCAUCUCAAGAACCUGGGGAAGGCUGUCGGAGCAAAGGUCAACGACUUCCUGCGGAGGAAGGAGUCCGUGAGCCUCGGCGAUGUGGGCGUGAUGGAGAUCAAUCCGAACGUGGGGGCGGCCUUCCCCGGAGCCCGGCCGGAGGAGGCCAGGUCGACCUUGCUGGAAGCCUUCCCCCGGCUGGACCCUCCUCCCCCCGGGACCAAGAAGCGGACCCCGCGGGCCCUGAAAACCCCCCAGGACAUGCUGUUCCCCCCUCAGCCUGACGUCGGUCCCCUGGGAGGCAGCGUGCAGGCGGUGCCCGGGUGGCCCCAAGAGUUGCCGUCCAAGGAGCCUGUGUCGGAGGGGACUGGGACUCCCAGCCUCCCCGAGGCAGAGGAGCCCGCGGACCUGGGACCCGGGGCCGAGCCGUGGCUGAAUGGGGUGGGCCCCCUGUCUGUGCCUGACCUCAUUCACAAGGACGGUCCCCAGGGCACGGCGGGCACGGUGGGUGUGGCGGGCAGGCAGCGCCGGGUCUCGUCCCCGGACCUCCCCGAGAGGACAGGCCUCAAGCGCAGCCUGAGCCCCGUCAGCCUGGCCGAGUCCCCGCGGGCCAGCGGCCCUGCACGGGCCAGCAGCCCCCCGCCGGCUAGGACCAACAGCCUGGACUGGGAGGGACGUCACCCAGACCUGCUUUCCUUUGAGUAG